GCACUGACUUUUGCCCAAUCGAAAACGCUAUAUAUUAUCGACCUUGAUUAACUUCGACCAUUAUUCCUAAACCUGAUGUGAGAGCACGUGGAAAAAUAAAAGAUUAUUCGAGUCAAUCGCAAGAGUUCAUUUAUCAUCAAAAUGAAGGUGAAGAAGGUAAGCCAAAAGCCUCUUAACUGGAGAAAAGAUAAACAAUCAGUGAUUGGUAAGAGAAAAAAAAAAAAUUUGAAUAAGUUGACCACAGAAGAGUUCUUUGAACAAAAUUUUGAAACAGAUAGCGAUAUAUCUGAUGAUAAUGAAGAAGAUAAAAACAUAGAUAAUAAAAACAUUGAACAGAUGGAUAGUGACAACAGUGAAAAUAACUUGGAUCCAACAGAACACAAAAAAUCAUUAAUAAAACUGAUAGACACUGAUCCCGAAUUUUAUAAAUAUCUGAAAGAAAAUGACAAAAAUCUUCUGGACUUUAAAGUAUCAGAUGAUGAAGAUGACGAUAAUUCUUUAAUGAACAGUAAUAGACAUAUUCCCAAUGAAAAUUUAGUGGUUGCUAGCGACGAUAGCGAUUUUCAGCCGGAAGAAACUGAAAGUGACUCUAAAAAGAAAAUCACUAAACAGUUAUUGAAGAAUUGGCAACAAGAAAUACAAACGGAUAAAUCGAUAACCACUAUUAAAUGUACUGUAGAAGCCUUUCAUGCAGCUUUGGAUAGUGUUGCUGUAGUACCUGAUAAGACUACAGAAUAUAAAGUAGAAGGAAGUACUAUAUUUAAUGGUGUAAUGCAACUAUGUAUAAUGUAUCUACCUGAUGCAUUUAAACGUUUUUUGAAGUUGGAUCAAGAAUCACAAGAAGCACAUAAAUCUAAAAGAUUUGGAAAAAUACGAUGGAUCUUAAAAUUAUACUUGUCUGAUUUAAUCAAAUUAUUACAAAGUGUAGCGUCACCUAGUAUUCUUACGGUACUUCUAAAGCAUCUACGCCAAAUGUUACUUUAUACCCGCUCGUUUUCGUCUUUAACUAAACCAUUGUUAAGGAUUUUGAUAAAGUUUUGGUCAUCUGCAGAAGAAAUUAUUCGAAUUACAGCUUUCUUAAAUAUACUACAUAUUGCAACACAUACAACUAACAAAGAAUCUGUAAUAGAGAAACUAUUAAAGACCAUGUAUGUGAAAUAUGUUCAGAAUACAAAAUUUGUUUCACCUAACAUGUUACCAGGAAUAAAUUUUAUGAAACAUUCUUUAGUUGAAAUUUAUUUACUCGAUCAUGAUGUUUCAUACAAUCAUUCCUUUCUAUAUAUCAGGCAAUUAGCGAUUAAUUUAAGAAAUGCUAUAACAUUAAAGAGACAGGAAAACUUUCAAGCUGUAUAUAAUUGGCAGUAUAUAAAUUCUUUGCGUUUCUGGACAGAAUUGAUAAUUAAAUCAAAAGAGAAAUCGAUGUUACAAUCACUGUUAUAUCCAUUAGUUCAGAUUAUUGUUGGGACAAUGAAAGUAAUUCCAACGGCACAAUACUAUCCAUUGCGAUUUCACUGCAUAGAAAUGUUAAUAACCAUUUCUAAGAAAACAGGAACAUUUAUACCUAUUUUACCAUUUCUUCUCGAGAUACUGGAUUCUUAUGAUUUUAAUAAAAGGCAUAAAACAAUUACGAUGAAACCUAUACCAUUUAUUUGCAUAUUAAGAAUGUCAAAAUCGCAAUUGAUAGAGAAUGGUUUCAAGGAUAGUAUUAUUGAAACCGUUUAUCGAUUUAUAUUGGAAAAUGCAGCAAACGAUAGUUACAAGAUAUACUUUCCGGAUAUAUACAUACCUUGUAUAAUACAGUUAAAAGCAUUUCUGAAGAAAUGUUAUGUAGCACCUUAUUGCAAGAAAAUAAAACAACUUCUAAAUAUGAUUGAGGAAAAUAGAAAAUAUAUUGAAGCUGAGCGUAUUAAAAUAACGAUAGAUUUGAAGAAUACGGCAGAGAUCACAAAUUGGGAAAAUAGAAUAAAAACAGAUGGCACAGAAAUAUCCAAAUUCUAUACUUCUUGGAUUGAAAUUCAUAAAUCUCAGAUGCUUAAACUUCUUACGAAGAACGAAGAAGUACUCAAUGUACCGGUAAAAACACCGAAGAAGCAGAAACUGGACGAGCAAAAUGCAGAGGAUAGUGAAGAAGAGAGCGAGUUUGAGCUUCGGUUGAAGGGUACGGAAUCCGAAACAGAAACGAAAAAGUCAUUAAAUAAGACGAAAAAGCGUAAGAAAAACAAAAAACAGAAGAUAGCCAACAAUAUCGAAGAUGAAAAUUUGCCGAGAGAAGAUACAGAUAUUGUACAAGAUAUAAAUAUCGACGAUUGGGAUUAAGAA